AUGUCGUCACCAUCGCCUGAAUUCCAUUCUUCUCAAUUCUCAAUCACGUCCCCGCGUCGCAUCCCCAAAUCGAGGUUCACCUACAAACAACUGCAACAACUCAAAUCCUACAGUCCACAAACGCCUCUCCGCAUAAUUGCGCACGUAGAUCUCGAUGCCUUUUACGCCCAGUGCGAAACCGUUCGUCUCGGAAUCGACCCGUCCAAGCCUCUCGCUGUCCAACAAUGGCAGGGCCUCAUAGCAAUCAACUACCCCGCGCGUGCAUUCGGCUUAAAUCGACACGUCACGUCGACCGAGGCACUGAAGCAAUGUCCUGAGCUUAUACUGCAGCAUGUUGCGACAUGGAAAGAGGGAGAUGAGCAGUGGGCGUACCAUGAGAAUAGUUUCCGGGACAUGGCGACACACAAAGUUAGUUUGGACCCGUAUCGCAAGGAGAGCCGCAAGAUUUUGAAGUGCAUAAAAGAGAGCUUGCCGGAAAAAGAACAGCGGGUGGAGAAAGCGAGCAUUGACGAGGUCUUCAUGGACCUGAGCGCACAGGUGCAUACGAUUCUGUUGGAGAGAUACCCCGAGCUAAGAGGGCCCGCGCCCUAUGACGAUCCGACGGAAAGACUACCAAAGGUGCCUACAACGGUGCUUGACUGGGCUGCCGAUGCGCUCGUGGAAACCGGCGAGGAGGACGGAGAGGAUAGGGAUCCAGAUUGGGAUGAUGUGUGCAUGGUAAUUGGAUCGGAAAUUGUUCGGGACGUAAGAAGGCAUAUUAAAGACACUCUUGGAUAUACCUGUUCUGGCGGCGUCGCUAGAAACAAGAUGCUUGCAAAGCUGGGGUCAGGAUACAAGAAACCGAACCAGCAGACAGUUAUCCGAAACCGCGCAGUCGAGCAUUUCCUUUCGGAGAUGAAGUUUACCAAGAUCCGGAUGCUUGGAGGCAAGCUGGGCGAUGAAGUAGUUGCUACUUUUGGCACAGACAAAGUCAAGGAUCUCAUGGAGCAGCCGUUGGAUCAACUGAAGAAGCUGGGCGACGACACGGGUAGCUGGCUGUACUCGAUCAUCCGAGGCGAGGACAACAGCGAAGUCAACCCACGGACACAAAUCAAAAGCAUGCUCUCGGCAAAGUCUUUUCGACCAGCCAUUAAUUCUUUCGAGCAAGGCGUCCGGUGGCUGCGCAUCUUUGUCGCAGACAUCUUCUCCCGAUGCGUAGAAGAGGGUGUACUAGAAAAUAAGCGGCGACCAAAAACCAUCAACCUCCACCACCGACACGGCACACAAACACGAAGUCGCCAAGCGCCGAUUCCUCAGGGCAAACCGCUCUCCGAAGCCAUGUUGUUCGACAUUGCAAAGAACCUACUAGCCCAAAUAGUAGUUGACGGAAGAGCCUGGCCCUGCGCCAACCUCUCACUGAGCGUCGGUGGUUUCGAAGACGGCAUCACCAAUAACAAAGGCAUCGGCGGUUUCUUGGUCCGCGGCGAAGAAGCACGAGCCAUGCUGUCCACCAGCAGAGUGACAAGCAGCAGCGGCAGCAGUGAGCCUCCGGCAAAGCGGCGCCGAACAAAAGGCAACAUUGCGAAUUUCUUCUGUGCGCGCGACGACAAGAAGAAGGAUUUCGAUGCCGCGAGAGCGGUCCUGCUCAAGGCGCAUGCAGAGUCUACUAAGCAGGACUCGGAUGAUGAUGUCCUAGACGACGACGACAUGAUGGUAUCUGGUGCCCACGACCAUGAACUCCCGAGGCCAUGUACGCCGCCACUGCACCACCAGCACAUGGAUAAUACAAACUCUCCAAAUACACCACCCUCGGCACAAGUCCAACCCCAACUACAAUCACACUCCGCUUCUUCUUCUUCUUCUUCUUCUUCUUCUUCUUCUUCUUCUUCUUCUUCUUCUUCUUCUUCUUCUACUUGUCCACCUCGCAACCCCGAACCAGCACCACCCGAGACGACAUUUUUCUGCCCAAAAUGCAACAUGCACCUGCCUGUAGUCUCCAAAUCAGAACAUGCCGACUACCACUUUGCGCUGGACUUGUCCAAGGAAAUGCGGCAGGAAGAUAGGACGACCAUGGCGACGACGACGGGGAUAUCGCAGACGGCUGGUGGUAGUAGUGGUAGUAGUAGAAGAGGAGGGAAAGGCGCAGGUGCGGGUGCGGGUGCGGUAGUAGUAGUAGUCAUGAAGCGGAAAGUUGGAUUAUUGGUUUUUAAACUAAUCGAGUGGAUUGCACCCCGAGGCUUCCUUUAA